AUGCCAAUCAACACAACACUACUGUCGAAAUCAUGGACGGGCAUCUGUCUGACAGACAUAAUGAUGUCUUUAUCUAGAAAUGCCGCGGAGGAAGGACUCAUAGGAACCACCUUUCCGGUUCUUGUACUUUUCGGAAUAUUUGGAAAUAUUUUAACUCUUACUGUAUUGUUAGCACCGAAUCUACGGACAAGGUCAAAUAAACUUCUUGCUUGUCUAGCAGUUGCCGAUACCGUCACUUUGAUUGUAAACCUUCUUCACUCUAUGGCUCAUUAUGAAAUUUUCAAAUUGACUAUUUGGUUUCGGAGAUUAUAUGGGAAUUAUUAUGGGAAAUAUAAAUUUCAAAUCAUCGGAACUUCCAAUUGGUCAAUAGCCACGGCAACUUGGUUGGUUCUUGUGAUUUGUCUGGAGAGAUUAAUCAUCAACAAAUAUCCAUUAUCGGUGAGGAAACAAGCAAAGAGUGCAAUCUGCACAAUCCUCGGCGUCCUGGGAAAAGCAUUGAACUUUGUACUUUUCUGUCUAUCUUCUGCCUCAUUCUGA